AUGUUUUCAAAUGUAAUUCAUUUAGACUUUGAAAAGAGUACAAACUGUACAGAAAUUGCUAGAUCAUGUCUUAAUUUAAAGUAUCUUGAUUUGGAAGGGUAUUAUAAUAUUAGCGAAGAAGUCAUAGAUCAACUUAUUUCACUUAACCCAAAUAUUCAUGUUGAGAAUUUCUUGGAAUCUUCAGUACUCUCUGAUUUUAUUGAAUUAGCUAAAAAUUAUUUUAUACAGCUCAACGUUGCUAAUGAGCGAUUUUUAGCUCAACACCUUCAGCAACUUUUAGAUCUAAAUAUGUAG